GUGUGUUUGUAAAAAGAAAGAAAGAAAGAAAGAAAGAAAGAAAGAUAGAAGAGAGAGAUAAAAAAACAAAAACAAAGAAGCAAGCAAGCAAGCAAUGGGAAUUAAGAAGUACCGCAUGCUAGUACUACUGUUCUCAGUUCUCCUAUCCCUGCUCAUUGUUGAGACACCCACGGCUGCUGCCCAACUGAGCCAGAAUUACUAUGCCGGCAUCUGUCCGAACGUCGAGUCCGUCGUGCGCGGCGUCGUCUCGCAGCGCCUGCAGCAGAGCUUCGCCGCCGGCGCCGGCACCCUCCGCCUCUUCUUCCACGACUGCUUCGUCCGGGGCUGCGACGCGUCGGUGCUGAUCGCCAAUCCGAACGGCGACGACGAGGGCCACAGCGGCGCCGACCUGUCGCUGUCGGCGGACGCCAUCGACCUGAUCAACAAGGCGAAGGCCGCGGUCGACGGCGAUCCCCAGUGCACCAACAGAGUGUCCUGCGCCGACAUACUCGCCAUGGCUGCGAGAGACGUGGUUUCCCUGGUCGGAGGGCCGUUUUAUCCGGUCGAGCUUGGGAGGUUAGACGGCAAGGUGUCGACGCGCGCCAUCGUCAAGUACAGUCUUCCCGGGCCAACCUUCAAUUUGGAUCAACUCAAUUCCUUGUUCGCCGCCAAUGGCCUUACCCAGACCGACAUGAUCGCAUUGUCAGGGGCUCAUACUAUUGGAGUGUCGCACUGCGACAAGUUCAUCCGUCGGCUAUACCAAUUCCGCGGGCCGCAGGAAUUCACCCCGCGGAUGAACCUGCAGUUCCUGCGCCAGAUGCGGCAGGUGUGCCCGCUGAAAUACAGCCCGUCGACGGUGGCAAUGUUGGACGCAUCCACACCAUUCAAGUUCGACAACGCGUUCUACCAGAACUUGCAGCAGUUGGAAGGGCUGCUGGCCUCCGACCAAAUCCUCUUCGCCGAUCGGCGGUCGCGAGGGACCGUCAACUGGUUCGCCUCGAACCAGACCGCAUUCUUUGACGCGUUCGUGUCUGCCAUGACCAAGCUCGGGAGGGUCGGGGUGAAGACCGGCGACGACGGAGAGCUAAGGCGCGUCUGCACCACGGUGAAUUGAUGUUUUGGAUGGAGCUAUGCAUACAUUGUUUGUUUCAAGCUACAUGUUCUUGUUAAGAUUCAAAUUCUUUUGUGUUGUUUUAUAUAUUCUUUGUUCAUUACUACGUGUCAUAUAUCAUGUAAGCGGCAUUUGUUAAAGAGGGCGUUACAUUCUAUUAUUUCA